UAUUUCUCGUUCGAAAUAAAAUGAGUAAAAAUUAAAGAGAAAGAGUGAAAAUUGAUAAGAAUGACACAUUUAACGUGGGCCCUGACAGUGGUUACGAUUCUGGCAGCCGGAGCGCAGGCUAACUUUACGCGUUAUGCUUACUUCGAUCAAUUCUUUCAGCCCGAACCUUUGCACCACUUGGAUCCACCUUUCGUGAAAGAAAUCUGCAAUGCUGACCACGACAAGCACUACCAAACUGAACUGGAAAAGUCUGAUUGUAAUUUUCCCAAGUUAGUUCUAGUGAAGAUGAAAGUACCCUCGUAUAUAUUGCUUAGACCACACCAGGCGUGGGUGAAGCGCUGCAUCGGGGCCUGCUACUCCGGUUCUGACCACUGCUCAGCUAGUAAAACAAAUGACCUGGAAGUACCUGUUCGAGUGUUCAAUGUAAAGACAAAGAAGUGGAUGUGCGGCACUUACAGAUUAGUGGAGCACUCGGAAUGUCACUGUCCUCUCGAAGCCAAACUUGAGGCGGAUUCUAAAGAUUGAUUGAAGAAUAAAUUUAAAACUUUGUUCACUUUGAAGUUACAAUAAAUAACCGCAUUGUGCGUGUUACCUUUA